AUGACUCGCCCACCACCGCCCAAUCCUCUUCCCCCGAACCGCAAUAUCGGGCCUACACUGAUCGUCAUUACGGUCAUCCUAACUGCCUUUAUGCUUCUUACGACUGGCCUACGCAUAUAUACUCGCUUUUCUCUUCGCGCGCAAGGCUGGGAUGACUACCUGAUGAUAAUAGUUAAUGUCUUAGCGCUCACCCGAAUGUCAGUUCAAGUAGUACAGGUUUCAGUUUACAAUAAUGGUCGUCACCGUUGGUAUAUUAGCGAGUCUGACUAUGUCAACAACAAUAUGCUGGGAUGGUACGCACAAAUCUUCCUUUUUGCUGGCGUGUGCUUCUUAAAAUCCUCCAUCUUAUUCUUGAUUGUACGCCUCAGGGACGAGCCAAACGUCCGUCGGAUUCUAUAUGCCGUUGUUACGGGCCUCUUCAUUACCAAUUUUGGGACUAUCAUCAUUCUCGUUGCAGAAUGUUCUCCUCCGUCUGUAUACUGGACUCAGCAAGGCGGAAAGUGCUGGGACACAAGGAUUCGCAUCUACGCUAUUUAUUUUACAAUAGCAUAUUCAAUUGCGACCGAUAUAUUGUGUUCUUUACUCCCUAUAUACGUUGUAUGGGGCGUCCAUAUUAAAACGCCUACUAAGUUCGCUGUCUGUGGCCUAAUGAGUCUUGGUCUUCUUGCUACAGGUUUUGGUGUAGCCAGAGCUGCGUCUCUCGGCCUAGUAACUGUUGACCUCAGCUGGGAUUACGCGAUAUCGGCAAUUUGGUCCAAUCUUGAGCUGUUUCUAGGCAUCAUCGCGGCAAAUAUCGCUAUUUCUCGUUCCGUGUAUGCUUUUUUUCGUGAGGAUAAGGCAGCUGCCAGUUUGACGGGUUACAGUUCCACGAAUAUUCGCCUGGGCUAUUUGAAACAAGACGAGCAGCGGAUCAAUAUUACGAAGGAGACGGCCUCAACAAUUGCCCGUCGUCCCUCUGCCUCCAAGAGUGAAGAAAGCGAAGCCCCUUUGAUAUUUAUAUCUCAUACAGUAGCAUUGCCCGCGGUUAGUAGCAGAUAG